AUGAAGAUCACAACCCUCUCCGCCGUCCUCCUCCUGGCCUCAGCAACAGUCCUGGCCGACAAGAAAUCCACCGUCUCCUCACUCAACACCGCAGCCUCAAUCGCCGAUAAGCGCGACGCGCGCCACCACGAGGUCAAUGGCGUCUCCGUCGUCAAGCGCGCUGCGGAUGGACCCAAGGGCGUGAACCGUCACGAGCACCAAAGGAAGAAGGGUGGGAAGAAGCAUAAAGAGCAUAGGGUAGAGGCUCAUAGUGAUGGUGGGAGUCGGCACCGUGAUAAGGAUGGCAAGGAGGAGGAGGUGAAGGGUAGUGGUAAUGAUGAAGAGCAUGGGGAGAAGAAGGAGAAGAAGGGUGGUAAGGGGGACAAGAAGAAUGGUGGAGGUGGGAAGAAGGAGGGUGAGGAGAAGGAGGCUAAGGAUAGCGGGGACAAGAAAGGAGCUGAAGGUGAGGAGAAGGUAGUAGCUGAAGGGGACAAGAAUGGAGCUGAAGGUGACAAGACGGGAGCUGAAGGUGACAAGAACGGAGCUGAAGGUGACAAGAAGGGAGGAGCUGGUAAUAAGGACGGUGCUGCUGACAAGACGGGCGGCGACAAGGAUACUUCUGACAAGGGAGGCGAGAAGGAUCCCGCUACUGGCGGUGAUGCCGCCACACCAGCCGUCGGCGGCGGAGAGGGCAAGGAGGGGGACGCUGCUAACCCCAGCGUUCCCCGCGACUACUCCAGCCCCCUCUGGCUCGUCCAGCCCUUCGGCAGCAGCGUCUGGGCCCAGGGCGAGACCUACGUCAUCAGCUGGGGCCCCAACCCAGACCCCAUCUACGCCAAGGCCUUGACCCCCAAGGCCCUCGUCGACAUCCGACUCAUGCAAGGCCCCCCCGACAACCUCAAAGAAAUCGCCGUCCUCUCCAAUGGCGUCGACUCGUCCCUUCACAAGUAUGAAUGGCUCGUCCCUACCACCGUCACUCCCGCCACAGACUACUCCAUCCGCAUCUCCCACGGCAGCGACGUCGACACUUAUUCGCACUACUUUGAAGUCGUCAAGGCUGGUGACUCUCGAUCCAACAAGUCGAAUGUUGGAGAGCCCCUCCAGAUGCCUCAAAGGGGUAAUAUGCCUCAGCCCUUGGACAAGGGGCCCACCAAGCCCGCUUUGCCUCCUAACCCAUUCCCUGCUGACCCCGCGGCUUCGUCCAAGCCCGUGUCCCCUCCUGCAGUUGCCAAGCCUGCUGCCCAUGCCUCGUCUGCCCAUAGCGAGACCCAUCAGGGCGCUAAUAUGUUGGCCUUUGCCAUGACCCUCUUCGGAGCUGUCUACUUCUUGUAA